UUUCUUGAUAUAGAAAAUUGAAUAUGAUCCAUGUACCAUUUAUUUACGAAGUGCAAGAUAUGCUCCCGCCAUACUCGCCGCUUCCAUUUUCUAAAUCAUCUUCGAGUCUUCUCUUUCUCAUCCCUUCUCUUCGCAAUACACCAAAACCAAAAAUAAUAAAAAAUAAAAUAAAAUAAAAUGUUUCGAAUCCGUAACAGAACGCUACCACUUCUUCGCCACCAUCUUCCUCGAACAAUUUCUUCUUCGACAAAAACUUGCAAUUCAACAAAGAAAAGCGUAGAGAAUUCUCAAAUUGCACCAAUCCACGGUCACAGCCACAACCUCUCUCCUAUUGCUCCGCAAUCUUCCUCUCGGGCUCACGUUCUCGCGCUCUCUGCCGCCGCCAUUCUCACCUCCGCCGCCUUCCUCAACUCCGACUACGUCCGCCAAGAAUCCGAUCGCCGCGGAGAAUCCAAUCCUCUCUACGCGAGAGCCGAGAACGCCACGCGCAAGGCGGCGGACUCCUUCGACCGGAUUUUCCACCACGCCAGGCGCACGGGCGUCGCUGCUGCGGUCCUCUGGCACUCUCUGUGCUCGGUGCUGUCGUCGGCAAAUCAUGAGGUGCGCUCCGGAUUCGAGAUUCGCGUUGCGGCUUUGCUCGCCGAUAUCGCUGCCGCGAACUCCGGCCGUAGGGCUGCGAUCGUCGGGGCAGGUGGCGGCGCUGUCGUGGACUGGCUGCUGGAGGCCGUGACAAAAGAAGGCGGCGGAGGCGGCGGCACUCAGGCGGAGUCCGCGAGGGCGCUUGCUUAUCUGAUUGCGGACCCUAACGUGUCUGCGGCGGUUCUUGGGAGACCUCACGCGGUUCCGAAUCUUCUGAGGUUCAUCUUUUCGUGUCAGCCUCGGCGUUCUCAGAAUAAGAAGCAGCAUUCAAGACGUAGUGCAUUUGAUAUUUCUGAUUCUUUGAAAGGCAGGAGCAUGCUUGUGGCUGCCAUUAUGGAUAUCGUUACGUCAAGCUGUGACAAUACACAAGACGUGUCUUUUAAUCCAUCAUUGCCUGGAAAUGCUGAAACUAGAGACAUUGCUUCUGCCCUACAAGUAAUUGAGGAAGGGGGUUUGCACUUGGAUGAGCCACCUGAAGGUGAAGAUGAUGAUGGUGGGACCGGAAGCAAAGGGAUUGGGAUCAAGAUACUUGAAGGUACCCCUGUUUUAGGGCUUUCAAGGACCAGCAGUGAUUCAUAUAGUGAAGAAUUGAAGCAUCAAACUUCUAAAACUAUCAAAUAUCAAAAUAAGUACGACAAUUCUCGGCAACAAAAUAAUGUAUCCUCUUCUGUUGUUCCUGGUCUCUGGGAUGAUUUACACUGUGAACAUGUUGCUGUUCCUUUUGCCACAUGGGCAUUAGCAAAUUGGGCAACAGCAUCAGAAUCAAAUAGAACUCGUAUUCAGGAACUGGAUCGAGAUGGACAGGCAGUCAUGGCUGCUUUAAUGGCACCCGAGAGAUCUGUAAAAUGGCAUGCAAGUUUGGUGGUGAGGUUGCUAUUAGAAGAUCGCAAUGCACCUUUGAAUGAAUCUAUUUCUGAAUGGGCUUCGAGUAUUCUUUCUACUAUAUCUCAGGCAUCCAAGCAUGAAGAUGUUUCUUUGGCUAAUAUAGCUUUAUCUGCCCUUCUCUUAUCUGUUGAGAGGAGCCCUGCAGUGCAGAAUAUACUGAUGGAGAAUGGUCUUAACCCAAUGAGAGAAAUCGCCAAGCAGAUGACAAAACAUAAGCAGGUGCAAGAAGCAAUGGCAAAGGCAUUAGAGCUACUUUGUACUGGAGAGCUGCACUUGUCGCUUGAAGAGGGUCAAAAAUGGUCAGGCAUUCUUGUACCUUGGGUUUUUGGAACAUUUUCCUCUGAUACUAUACGAUCUUCAGCCAUAAAGAUUCUUUCUCAGAUCAUGGAAGACUACGGUCCAACAUCUGUACCACUUUCUCAAGGAUGGUUAGCCGUGAUGCUAUCUGAAGUGCAUAGUUCUAUCAAGAAGUCAAAUGAUAAUGGAACCAAUCAACCAAAAAGUGAUAAUGUAAAGACAUUAAUCAAUAAUGCGAAUAUUGCUUCUGCUGCACAAGUUGCCAGUCAACUAUCCACUGCUGUUGUUAAUCUGGCAGCUAAAAGAAUGGGAGUUGCAUCUAAUUCUGGGGAUGCAUCCCCACUGGCAGAUUUUCUGUCUCUGGAACCUUUAGCUGGACCAUUUAAAAAUUUAAAAAAAGAUAAUUUGCCUAAAUUAGAUGCUGCAGAUUCUGCUGUGGCAACGCUGAAAGGAAUUAAAGCUCUGACUGAAGUUUGUGCUGAAGAUUCUGGUUGUCAGGACAUGAUAGUUGAUUUUGGGAUUUUAUGUUUGCUGAGGCGCUUUAUGUUGAGUGAUGAUUAUGAGAAACUGGCUGCUAUUGAGGCUUAUGAUGCAUCAUCUAGAGCACAUGAGGGGAAGGAGCGGAUAUCAAAUGUAGAUUACAAACCACCUGCAUCAGAUGUAUAUAAUUCAGCCAGUGUCCGAGUUCCACCCACUGCUCAUAUCCGCAAGCAUGCAGCUCGGUUAUUGACCAUCCUCUCACUGCUUCCCAAAGUCAAGAAGGUCAUCACAGCUGAUGAAACAUGGUGCAAAUGGCUUGAUGAUUGUGCUAAUGGCCGAAUUCCAGGUUGCAAUGAUCUUAAAAUUCAAAGCUAUGCCAGAGCAGCACUUUUAAACGUCUUUUGCAAUGACCAGCCCAAUGGAAGGAGUGGAAGUGGAAGUCCUUCUGACGGUGGUGUAAAAAGUUAUAGGAAUGCAUGUCCUCGUUAUGAUGACAUGAUAUUCUUGAUAAAUUCUCAUCUUCCCCACUGGAAAUGUCCCAAAGAAACAGGUCAACAAGAACCACUCUCAAGAAUGAUAUCUCUGGCUCCUUCUACCGAUACUGAAAAUGGAACAGAGUCCUUGAAUAACAGCAACUGCUCUAUUUCUAAUGAUUCAACUAAAAUCAACCCAGAUAGAAAUUUGCCUCCACUAGACAUAGUUUUUGUCCAUGGGCUCCGUGGUGGGCCUUACAAAACUUGGCGUAUAGCUGAGGAAAAAUCCUCAACUUCUUCACAUUUGGUCGAGAAGGUUGACGAGGAAGCAGGAAAGCUUGGAACCUUUUGGCCUGGUGAAUGGCUUUCUAGUGAUUUUCCUGAGGCUCGGUUGUUUACCCUAAAAUACAAGACUAAUCUCACACAGUGGUCGGGAGCUAGCUUGCCUCUUCAGGAGGUUAGUUCUAUGCUAUUGGAGAAGCUUGUUGCUGCAGGGAUUGGGGAUAGACCUGUUGUUUUUGUUACUCACAGUAUGGGAGGUCUGGUUGUGAAGCAAAUUCUACAUAAAGCAAAGGAGGAAAGAUUAGAUAAUCUUGUGAAGAAUACAAUGGGAAUUGUUUUUUAUAGCUGCCCACAUUUUGGUAGCAAACUUGCAGAUAUGCCUUGGCGAAUGGGCUUCGUGCUUCGUCCAGCUCCCACAAUAGGAGAGCUAAGAAGUGGAUCUCAAAGACUGAUAGAGCUUAAUGACUAUAUUCGUCAACUUCAUAAGAAGAGGUUGCUUGAUGUUCUCAGCUUUUGUGAGACCAAGGUAACUCCAAUAGUUGAAGCUUAUGGUGGAUGGGCCUUUCGAACAGAAAUUGUACCAAUUGAGUCAGCAUAUCCCGGAUUUGGGGAAUUAGUCGUAUUGGAGUCAACAGAUCAUAUAAAUUCUUGUAAGCCAGUGAGCCGCUCAGACCCUUCGUAUACGGAGACGUUAAAGUUCUUGCAGAGAGUAAAAGUAUGCCUUGACUCGGCUUAUGCUUCCGGAGAGGAGCUUAGCUAGGUGUUCCAGAGUGGUAUUUAUGUCAAAUGCAUGGGAAGUCCAUGCCUUCAACUUGACUCAACAACAAAAACGUCAUCUACAAGAAAUCCAAGUUUAGCAUAGUUAAUGAAACUUAAAGGUGGACUAACAUGUGCAAGCCUUGUAUUAGAUAUGGCUUGCCUUAGCUUGUACAGUUUCCCAUUCAUCAACCAUUCAUUUUGUCCACUGACCCGUAGGGAUUGUACAUUAAUAGGAAACACAAAUGUAAUCACUUUGUUGUAUCUUCUCUCAUUUUCUUAUAAUAAACUCAUUUCUUUCAUCAUAUU